AUGUCAUCGCCAUCAACGUUGCUUCAUACUAUUUCUUCAACUCAUGACAAAACAACGAAUAAUUAUAUCCAUCGGGGUCAACUGUUUGACCCAACUAUACCUAAUACUUCAGUAGACCCUUAUAAAACCACCAGCAAUUACAAUAAUCAUACAGCGGCAACUCCUCUUGUCUAUUGCUUCUAUUCUCCUACAACUGGUUAUCCUUAUGAAACAGCAACAUCAGUACCCAAUGCAGCCACUGCUUUAACUUCUACCCUACCGAAUGAUUAUAAACAAUUUUCGGCUGAAGUAUUGAAAGUAGUGAAUAAAGGUCUUAACUUUAAUGUUGAGGAGAACAAGCUUUCAGGUCGUAAUAGGAAUUAA